AUGAUUCAAGGUGGAGAUUUUGUUCGUGGAAAUGGCUUGGGAAGCAUAUCCAUAUAUGGAGGUAAUACAUUUGAUGAUGAAGGAUUUCCUUAUGACCACAAGAAAUAUAGUGUUUCCAUGGCCAAUGCUGGACCUAAUUCUAAUGGGUGUCAAUUUUUCAUUUGCUGCAAAGAGGCCUCACAUCUAGAUGGUAAACAUGUUGUGUUUGGAGAAGUCAUAGAAGGGUUUGAUAUUGUGAAUCAAAUAGAGCAGACUAAAGUAGGGGUACUUGAUAAGCCAUACCCGGAUAUUAAGAUAAUCAAUUGUGGAGAGAUGUAA